AAUUUGUCUUGUGCUGAAACAAGAAGUCAGAGGUAACAUGGUCGAUCUCACAAUUCAAUUUCUCCGGUUAGCCUACCACUUAGUGCCAAACCGCCAAAAUUUCUCAACGCAUGCACACUAAACAAAGUUCGGAUAGCCUCCCACUAUCUCGAACCAGUCCAUCUCCCCCUCGAAUCACUCCUGAAUCAUCGCCAGCCAUGGCCCCUAUAAAUUCAGAAGCACGAACAGAGGGAGAGGGACAGAAAACAAAUUCUAGAGAGAGGAGUUAAGCUCACACUUCUGAAAGAGGUGGUUUACAAGAUUGCAGCAGGAGCGAUGGAAGAUGACUCGUGCAGGAGGGCGGGGGCGAUACCGUUCAAGUGGGAGGUCUGCCCGGGGACGCCGAAGCACACACGGAGCGCGAGCGCAGCGGCGGCGGCAUCGCCCGCCAAGGUGGCGCCGAAGCUGACGCUGACGCCGCCUCCGUCCAUGACGUCGUCGCCGUCGCCGUAUUACCACCACCACUCGGCUGCCUCGUCGCCUCGCGUCUCCUCCGCGCGCUCGGCGUCCGUGUCGCCGUCCCGGCGACGGCCUUAUGCGUAUGCCGGCGGUAACCGCCGGGCGCCGCCGACUGCCUUCAUUGACGCCGCGCCUCGGGCGGCGGUGACGGAGUAUGGCGCCGCCACGCCUGAGGCCGAAACGGCGGCGUUCGGGUGCUUCGGGCUCCCCAUGCUCCGGAGGAAGGGCAGCAAGAAAAGCGCCGGGUUUGGGUUUGCGUCCGCAUCGAGCUUCAGCUCCAGCUCUAGCUCGUCGGGAGGCAGCAGCUUCAGGUCGGACGGUGUAGGGCUUGGGAUGCGACGGUCGGCGUCGAUCUCGUCCGCCUCGUCGUUGCCGCUGCCGCCCGGGAGGAGGUACGCCGCCGAGGCGAGGGCGGAGGUGGAUGCUAUCGCUGCCACUGGACGAGGCUGGUACUUUUGAGUUUUGGGUCACACGGCGACCGGCCAGCUGCCGGCGUGUACGCUGUGGUUGGGCACGGCGAUAUAUGCGCACCAUUGUUGCUUACUGGAGAAUGCAUAGGAAAAUGAAGGCUCGCGUGAUUUGAGAUCCCAGCUUAUGUAAUUUUGCUGGAGACUGUUUGCGUGUGUGUACUUGUUUGCUCAAUCCCUACAGCUAAGGGAUAAGGCAGAGGAGGAGACACGAACGGUUUAUCACUUGCUCAGUUGAUGUAAAACCAGUGAAGAAAAUGAACUUACUGUAUAGUUUUUUAUUUCCCGAUUUUUGUGAAGAAAAUAAACUCUCAAGAUUUUUUUUC